AUGUGCACGAUCGGUGACGGAGACAUUACACCAAACAGUGUUCUAACUAAGCUGUUCUCGAUCUUGUUUGUUCUUGUUGGGUUUGGUUUUAAUGAUAUUUUUCUUAGUGGAAUGGUCUCUUACGUUCUUGACCUUCAAGAAAGCUAUAUGCUAGAGUCUUCUAAGCGUAGAGACGAGACUGGUCAAAGGUUGAGAGUGGCAUUGACAUUAGUUGUUGUGGUUUUAUGGAUUGCUCUUGGUGUUGGUAUAAUGCAUUUUAUUGAAGAAAUUGAGUGGUUGGAUUCGUUUUAUCUCUCGGUUAUGUCGGUUAAUACUGCUGGGUAUAGAGAUACGGCUUUUAAGACGUUGCCUGGUUGGAUUUUUACUGCGGUAUGGCUGCUUGUGUCUACAUUAGCCGUGGCUCGAGCGUUUUUGUACGUGGCUGAUGCGAGAGAUGAUAAGAGGAAUAGAGAAAGAGCGAAGAAAGUGUUGUGUGAGACAAUGUCUGUCUCUCAGUUCUUUUAUGAUUAUAUUGAUAAUGGUUGUGUCAGGUAUUUGACACACUCCUUGAGGUUUAUGUUAGGUUCCUGA